AAGUGCGACACUUUUAGAGAAUUUUACAUUUACCUAUUGAAUUUCUUUAUCUUUCCAAUGUGAUAUUAUUAAUUAGUAUUUACGGAGAAAUCUUUAUCCCUAUCACAAAGUUUAAUUUUUCCGUACAAAUAAAAAUCCGCAACGUGGCUUAAGUUUUCUGAGUAAAGUCACCAUUUUUAAUAAUAAAAAAGGUAGAAAUUGAUGAAAAAAAUAAAACUGAAGGGUCUAUUUGGUCCACUGCAAUGUCGACGACUAGUGAAAAGGCGAGGAAUUUAGAAUGAUUUAGGACUUGGGUAAUUCGGGUUUUAUUUGAAAGCUCCAAAAUUGAUUAAAAUUUUACUGUCAUAGCAUGGAAUCGCCGACAAAUUUUUCGUCGAUUGAACCCCAUGAUCGAGUCAUACAGAGGUUAGCAGCUUUAGGGAUUCCAGUGGAGUACUUGGAUAGGCAUUACGAAGGGAUAGUCGAUUUCGUUAGUGAUAAUGGGUUGUCGCAGGAGAUAGUUUUCGCAAUCUUACCUACUGAUGAGGAAAUGGUAGAGUCUAUACAAGAUGCUAGGCUAAAGUCUAAGAAAUGGCUGCGUGUAUCUGUGAAAAACUGGUUUCGUGAGAGUUUGGUUUGGUUACAGUGGUUGAUGUUUCGAGGUGAGCCUGUGAAUGCUUUGAUAAGCCUAGCAAAAUUGAGUGUUGAUCAACGAGGUGUUUGUGCUGCGGUUUGGGGAUCAAAUGACAUUGCGUAUAGGUGCCGAACAUGUGAGGUUGAUCCAACUUGUGCUAUUUGUGUCCCUUGUUUUCAGAAUGGGAAUCAUAAAGGUCAUGAUUUUUCUAUUUUUAAAACGGGCGGUGGUUGUUGUGAUUGUGGAGAUGAAACAGCAUGGAAACACGAAGGUUUUUGCUCGAAGCAUAAAGGUGCUGAACAGAUUCAACAGCUUCCUGAGACUAUAGCGGAUUCAGUUGGGCCGGUGCUUGAUGUUCUCUUUAACUUUUGGAGAAACAAGCUAUUCUUAGCAGAAGGUAUCUUCGAAGGGAAAACGAGAGAGAGUGAUAGUGGCACUGAGCAGGGGAAAGCUGCUAAUGAACUAACUUACGUGGUUGUUGAGAUGCUUUUAGACUUUUGCAAUAAUAGUGAGAGUUUGCUGAGUUUUGUGUCUAAGAGGAUGAUUUCUUUAGAUGGUUUAUUGGGUAUUCUGAUCAGAACUGAGAGGUUUAUAGGUGACGGUGUUGUGAAGAAACUCCAUGAACUGCUGCUGAAAUUGCUCGCAGAGCCUAUCUUCAAAAAUGAAUUUUCUAAAGUAUUUUUAAGCUAUUACCCUAAUGUUAUAAAUGAAGCCAUAAAAGAUGGCAGUGGUAGCAUUCUCAAGAGCAAGUACCCUCUAAUCUCAACUUUCUCUGCCCAAAUAUUCACAGUGCCAACCCUAACUGCUCGUCUUGUGAAGGAGAUGGACCUACUAGGUGUGCUACUGAAAUGCCUGGGCGACAUUUUUAUUUCUUGUUCUCAGAAAGAUGACCAUUUGAAGGUUACUAAGUUGGGAAAUUUGUAUUAUACCACUUACCUUGUAGUUGAACAUAUUCAGUUUGUUAUGAGCCAUGAUGUAGUCUCCAAAUAUGCAACCCAUGAGCAACAGGACAUUGUAAGAACUUGGCUAAAGCUUUUAGCUUUUGUGCAAGGGAUAAACCUUAUAAAGAGGGAAACUAAUCUCCAUAUAGAAGAAGAAAAUGAUUCCAUACAUUUGCCUUUUGUUUUAGGCAGUUUUAUUGCCAAUAUUCAUUCCCCUUUGGUGGAUGGAGCAUUUUCUGUUUCUGUAAGUGAAGGAACAAAUGUUCUUCCUUAUACUUUUAAGCAAGAUAUGGACGAUGGAGAUGGUGUAAGGCAUGCAAAAGUAGGAAGGCUAUCCCAAGAGAGUUCUGUUUGUAGUUUAACAGGAAGGAGUAUGUCAAAGGUUACUGAAGUUGAAUCUGAUUCCAUAUCUCAUCUUUCAGUACCUUCCUCUGCUAUCUGGUUAAUACAGGAGUGCUUAAGGGUUUUGGAGACUUGGAUGGAAGUCGAUGACGGUAUCUCUGCAGCUCUUCAGAGUAUAUCUUCUCCUAAUAGUAAUGGCAUUUCUGAUAGGAAUCUUUUAAAAAGAACACAAUAUGAAAUUAGAGGAGGCAAAUAUUUUGGUAAACUAACUGGUUCAAGUGAAAAUCAUUGCUCAGAAUCUUCUUCACCUGUAUAUAAUGGACAUCUAGCAAGUGAUGACAUGGAGAUGGAGACAGGCACUGGCACGGGUCUAGCUGUUCUACCUGUUUUGAGUCUGUCUGAAUGGCCUGAUAUUAUUUAUGAUGUCAGUUCGCAAGAGAUAUCCGUUCACAUUCCAUUACAUCGAUUACUUUCCUUGCUUCUGCAGAAGGCAUUAAAAUCGUGUUAUGGUGAAUCUGUAAUGCCAAAUAUAACAAAUUCUUCUUGUUCUCCAAGUUUGUCGUCACCAACUUAUGCAGAUUUCUUUGGCCAUAUCCUUGGGGGCUGCCAUCCUUUUGGGUUCUCUGCCUCAGUUAUGGAGCAUCCCUUGCGGAUCAGGGUGUUUUGUUCUCAAUUUUUAUCUGGAAUGUGGCUGAAGAAUGGGGAUGCUGGACUAGUAUCUUACAAGUGGUAUCGCUCUUCUCGCUGGUCUGAAGAAGGUUUGGAGCUUGAUCUAUUUUUGCUGCAAUGCUGUGCUGCACUAGCUGCUCCUGAUCUCUAUGUUACGAGAAUUUUAGAACGAUUUGGGCUAUUAAACUACCUUUCUCUAAAUCUUGAAAGAUCAAAUGAGUAUGAGCCAAUUCUUGUAAAGGAAAUGCUCACUCUGGUCAUGCAAAUAUUACAAGAAAGGCGAUUCAGUGGAUGCAGUAUAGCUGACAGUCUGAAAAGAGAGUUCAUUUAUAAGUUAGCAAUUGGAGAUGCCACUCACAGUCAACUACUGAAAUCUCUACCUUGUGAGCUCUCUAAGUUUGAUCAGCUUCAGGAAAUUUUAGACAAAGUUGCUGCAUACUCUAAUCCAUCAGACUUAAAUCAGGGAAUGUAUUCAUUGCGUGGGGUGUAUUGGAAGGAGCUGGAUUUGUACCAUCCUCGUUGGAGAUCAAGGGAUUUGCAAGUUGCAGAAGAAAGAUACUUCCGAUUCUGUGGUGUCUCUGCAAUGACUACUCAGCUGCCUAGGUGGACAAAAAUAUAUCCUCCUCUUGAGAGAGUUGCUAGAAUUGCUACAUGCAGAGUGACACUUAAGAUUAUUCGUGCUGUGUUAUUUUAUUUUGUUUUCACUGAUAAAUGCACCGAAUCACGUGCUUCUGAUGGUAUCCUUAUGAGAGCAUUGCACUUACUUUCACUAGCAUUAGACAUUUAUUUGCAGCAGAAUGGAGCUACUGAUGUGGAAUGUUAUAUUGAAGAUUCAUAUUCUAUGCCAGUUUUUGCUGUUGAGGAAAUUGGUGAAUCUUUGAACUAUGCUGCCAGCAAACAAAGUUUGUUAUCACUUCUUGUUGCUUUAAUGAGAAUGCAUCAGCAAGUGAAUCGAAAUAGCUAUUUGGAUUCUAGCAACUCUAGUUUUUCUCCUCUGAUUGAGAGCUUAUUGAAGAAGUUUGCUGAAGUUGAUUCCCACUGCUUUGCCAAACUGCAACUACUUGCACCCGAAGUGGUCAGCUGUCUGUCAAAAUCUAUUCCUACUACUGAUAGUACAUCUAAUAUGCAUAAGGCAAAAGCUCGUGAAAGACAAGCGGCCAUAAUGGCUAAAAUGAAAGUUGAGCAAUCCAAAUUUCUGUCAAGCAUCACUUCAGAUGCUGAUUAUGAUUCAAAUUCCGAAGCAGAAAUGCCUAAUUCUGCAACUGAACAUGAAACGGAAGGUGCUGUGCAACAAAGUUGCUCUCUUUGCCAUGAUCCUAGUUCCAAAAAUCCUGUUUCUUUCUUGAUUCUUCUCCAGAAAUCUAGGAUUUUGAGCUUUGUUGAUAGAGGUUGUCCUUCUGGAGAUCGUUGGGCAGACAAGAAGCAAGGUUCUAUUCCCACAAAUAGCGUGACUGAUCAAUCUGGAUCAAAUGGCUCUUCCAGCAGUUCAGGGUUGUCUUCUCCUCCAUUUCAGUUGACUGAAAAUUCGGUUGUUGAGUCUGGUGAUAAUGAGCAAGCACAAUGUGGUGAAGUAAAUGUCAUUCUCGAGUUUAUCAAGUCUCGGUUUCCUUCACUGAGGAGCACUCAAGCACCUUUCUCAUCUAGUUACAUGAGGGACAGUAGUGAAUAUAAUUUGGAGACACUAGAAGAAGAUAUGUGCGUGCGUAUUCGUAAAGAAAUGUGUGAUACUUCAUUAAGCUCAAGCCUUAAAAAGGAUGAUGUAUCCCCUGCCAGUGGAGGUUCUCUGGGAAGCAGCAGGGAUGCCGACUGUCACAGACCUGGGAAAUACAUUGCUUCUCUUUCGAGCAAGACAAGCGAAAACUCUUUGGGUUUUGAGAACUGUAAUGGUGAUAGAGAGUUGACAGAAUCUGCUUCAAAGCCUUUUGUUUAUGAUGCACUUGGCCUGUUAGAUUGUGAUGGAAUUCAUCUCUCUUCAUGUGGACAUGCUGUUCAUCAGGAUUGUCUUGAUAGCUAUUUAUCAUCACUGAAGGAAAGAUAUGCCCGAAGAAGUUUCUUUGAGGGGGCACUUAUUGUAGAUCUUGAUAAGGGAGAGUUUCUUUGUCCAGUGUGUCGACAACUAGUGAAUGCUAUCUUGCCUGCGGUGAAUGGAAAGACUGGAAGGCAGGCUAUGAGUGUAACUGUUGAUCCACUGCCUGCUCUAGGUUCUCCAUCUUCAUCAAAUGAAGAAAUCUGUUCCCUUAUGCUCCAGCAAGGGUUAUCUCUUCUAAAAACUGCGGCAAAGGUGGUUGGGAGGCCUGAUUUCAUUAAAGCUCUUUCUCAUCAAAGAACAGAAAGUAUUAGUCAGGAUCUUGAACCUAUAUCUCAAGCGUUGUAUAAAAUGAACUUUUCAAAAAACCAGGAGAUGCUCUUUGGAUCUACAAGGUUAAGUCACACUAUAAUCAUAUGGGAUAUUCUCAAGUAUUCUCUUAUGUCAACAGAAGUUGCUGCUCGUGGUUUAAAGACUUCUGUGGCCACAAAUUAUACGCUUACUUCUCUGUAUAAGGAAUUUAAAUCUUCUAGUGAAUUUAUCUUUUCCUUGUUGCUAAGAGUUGUCCAGAACCUGAGUAAUACUAAUUCUCUUCACGCUCUUCAAAGAUUUAGAGCUCUUCAACUGUUUGCACAGUCUAUUUGCAAUGGGAUUUUAUCUGAUUACCACAGCACCCGACAUAAAGUGGAAGACAAUCUCCUUCAUAUCUUGAACCCUGACGAUAAGGAAGCAUUAAAUCCCGGUAUUCAGUUUUGGAAUCGGGCAGCUGAUUCUGUUCUUGCUCAUGACCCUUUCUCAUCAUUGAUGUGGGUUCUCUUCUCUCUUCCAUUCCCAUUUCUAUCAUGUGAGGAGUCCGUGCUAUCCCUUGUGCAUGUCUUCUAUGUUGUCUCCGUAAUUCAGGCUAUAAUUACAUGUUGGAUACAAGGUUAUAACGUCAAUGAGCUAAGUUCCCAACAUUGCCUAAUUACUGAUAUCUGUAACAUUCUUGGAGAAUCUGAUUUUGCUCGCUGGUAUUUCGUAUCAAAUGAAGUCGAACUUUCUUGUGAUAUUAAAGAUAUUAUUAGAAGAUUGAGUUUCCCUUACUUGCGGAGGUGUGCAUUGUUGUGGAAGAUGCUUAAAUCUUCUGUCCGAUCACCAUUCUGUGAUAGUGAUAACAUGUGGAAGCCAUCUCAUAUGAUGGAUGCAACUAAAAAUACUUCAACGGAGCUCAAUGAAGUACAAAAACUGGAGAAGAUGUUUAAGAUUCCUCCUGUAGAUGUUAUUCUCGAUGAUGAAGUCUCGCGAUCGUUUGCAUUAAAAUGGUGUCAUCAUUUCCACAAGGUAUAUAGAACCAGUAGUGUCCAAAAUGUUUUCUACUGUAAUCCUGCGGUUCCUUUUAAGUUGCUGAGCCUGCCUCAUGUUUAUCAAGACCUAUUCCUAAGGUAUAUAAGUCAGUGUUGCCCUGACUGCAAAACUGUUGUUCAUGAACCUGCGUUAUGUCUGUUGUGUGGUAGAUUAUGCUGUGCAGGGUUUAAACCAUGCUGCAGGGAGAGUGGAUGCAAAUCUCAUGCAAAGUCCUGUGGAGCUGGUAUUGGUGUAUUUCUGUUGAUAAAGAGAACAACAAUCUUGCUACAAAGAUGUGCCCGUCAAGCUCCUUGGCUGUCUCCUUAUUUGGAUGCAUUUGGUGAAGAGGAUAACGAAAUGCGUAGAGGAAAACCGCUCUACUUGAACGAGGAACGCUAUGCUGCUCUAACUAAUAUGGUUGCUUCUCAUGGCCUUGAUCGGAGUUCAAAGGUUCUUGGUCAAACUACCAUUGAUACCUUCUUCGCGGUUUAGUUUGGUUUCAUGUUUAAGGUGGUGGGUGAGAGCAUUCUUAUCCUUGUGUACGUUUCAUAUUAACGACCAUAAGGUGUUAGAUAUGGCUGAUUUUGCUGUUCUCUUGUUUCAUAUUAUGUUGUUAGACUCUUAAAUCGAAGAACCCCUGGCAUGUAGAGUCCAAUGCCUUGACCGACAAGUCUUCAAUUGAACAUAUUCAGGCUUUAGAUCACCAUGUUGAUUGGGAACCGGUUUCAAAGAAGACAACACUAUGAGAAAACAGUUUGGUUUCUUCUAUAACUUUCCAUGUUUUUUCUUUUCAUCUCUGAUAAGUAGAGCCAUAAAUUCUAAUGUAAAGCAGUUGAAAUCUUUCUCAAGUUAAAGGGCACAUAUAUAUAUAACAUAUUGUAAAUAGUUCAACAUUUUCACUUGACAGCAGCUCUCAUCUUGUGCUUAUAAAUUCGCUUUGGUCUCACUUCCAUGAA